CCAGUCAAGUUGGACAAAGGUUGCAGUGAUCCCCGGCGUGGCUGAGGAAAAUCGGAGGCGGCAGCAGCUCCUGGGAGAAGGAGAGCAUAAGGCUCAAGAUGGAAAAUCAUAAACCGGAUGAUACUGGCAAGGAAAACCCAACACUUGUCAGUAUCAUAGUCAGAAAAAUUAACCAGCUUCCAGAAUCAGAAAGGAAUUUACUUGAACAUGGAUCAACAUAUAUUGGACUUAAUGCUGCUCUCUGUGGCCUAAUAGCAAACAGUCUUUUUCGACGCAUCUUGAAUGUGACACAGGCUCGUAUCGCUGCUGGCUUACCAAUGGCAGUGAUCCCAUUUUUCUCAGCACAGGUAGCUUACACAAGUUUUGUAAGUUUACCUUUAACCACAGGUGAUUUGAACUGUGAAACCUGUACAGUAACUCGGGCUGGACUCAUUGGUCUUGUUUUCGGUGGUCUGUAUCCUGUUUUCUUGGCUAUCCCUGUGAAUGGUGGCCUAGCAGCCAGGUAUCAAUCAGCUCUGCUACCAGAGAAAGGAAACAUCUUAACUUACUGGAUUAGAAUUUCUAAGCCUGUCUUUAGAAAGAUGUUAUUUCCCAUUUUGCUCCAGACUGUGUUUGCAGCAUACCUUGGAUCUAGACAAUAUAAACUCCUUAUAAAGGCCCUUCAAUUACCUGAACCUGGCCUAAAAAUUCACUGAUUUUAAGCAAAUAUGUAUUCACAAAAAAAUAAAAUGGUAAAAA